AUGUCUACUGAAGAUAUUGUUCUCGUCCAGCAGACUAUCUGCAGAGAACGAGAAGCUCGCGACAGGCAGUGGUGGGACGAAAUGCGGUCUCUCUAUGGGGCAGAAUCCUGGGUUGAUCUCUCAUGGUAUCAAGGAUCGGGGGUAGAUUUUGUCAAUGAGUCUAUGAAGCUCGCGAAAGGAGGCACCACGGCCAAACACCAACUUGGACCAGUCAUCGUCCGUGUCAAUAAAGCUGGAACUCGAGCUCUAGCGACUGUUAGUGCGAGCAUAGAAACCCGCCUGACAAUGCAGGAUGGUGUGGAGGUUGAUCUCGUCGCACAAACAAGACUGCUUUACAGAGCGAUCAAGGGCAUCGAUGCUCUCUGGAAAUUGGAACGAUUGAAUUGCAUUUACGAAUGUGACCGGAUCAUCCCAACCGUGCCUGGACAAUCGAUCAGGAUGACUCUGGACGACCUGAGACCUUUCCGAAGUUCAUACAAAUAUCUAUCAUGGUUCCUGGCCGCAAAGGGACUCGCUGUCAAUCAAGGACUCCCAGGUGAUGACAGACCAGAGCAGGUCGACAAGCUCUACUCAGAUGGGUUUCAUUGGUUGAAGAAUGGGGAAUAG